AUGGUAGACGAUUCGUCGACGGAUUCAGUGGUGUCGUGGAGUAGCAGCGAUAACAGUUUUGUGGUGUGGAAUGUGCCAGAAUUUCAGAGAGAUCUUUUGCCUAAGUAUUUCAAGCACGGCAACUUCUCCAGCUUUGUCAGGCAAUUGAAUACUUAUAGUCAGUGGAUUUCUUCUGUGGAAUUCCUCACUGGAAUAUGCUAUCUGGAUGAAGCAAAUCAAUUAGAUAGUGAUUAUUUAUCGGCCUAUUUUGUUGAUUUCAAUUCUUCUCUUGGAACUAUAAGUUGUGAUAUUACUCAAGAUUUGCUAGAAAUCAGCUCCGGAGUUGCUGUUGAAAGUGAGUUUGUUGGACUUCAAAUCAAAGAUAUGAGUUUGUGGGACUUAUUGAGGAAGAUUAGUUUGGAUAUAUUCAAAUAUGGAACUCUGCUCGGAGCAGCUGGAAUUGCUGGUUCAGUGGUAGCGUAUAGUGGGUUGUUUCCCUAUUAUUCUGCUUGGAUGAAUGAUCCUGUUCCUAAUCCACUCUUGGGCCAUUUGAACUACCUAAGCCUGCUUGAUUCUAGGCUUCUUCUUUUGUCAGCUUACACCUUGAUCGGGAAGGUUGAUCCUGAUCGGUUUGAAUUUGCAAAUGAGGGGUUCUUAAGAGGGCAAAAACACCUUCUGCGCAGUAUAUCUAGGAAAAAAACUGUUCCUGUUCAUGGUAACCAACCACCUCAAGUCCAGAACUCUCCGGUUGCCUCAUGCGUUGAGGUUGGGAAGUUUGGACUUGAAGAAGAGGUUGAAAGACUUAAACGGGACAAAAAUGUUCUCAUGCAGGAACUGGUUAGACUGAGGCAGCAGCAGCAAGCCACGGAUCACCAGCUGCUCACUGUGGGGCAACGUGUACAGGGAAUGGAGCAGCGACAGCAACAAAUGAUGUCAUUCCUUGCGAAGGCCAUGCAGAGUCCAGGCUUCUUAAGUCAGCUCGAGGAAGAAAAUUUGGCCGAUGAGCAAUGCAAAAACUCUCCUAAUGGGCAGAUUAUCAAGUUCCAUUCUUCAAUGAAUGAAGCAGCAAAAGCAAUGCUGCACCAGAUCCUGAAGAUGAACUCAUCGCCUAGGCUGGAACAAUCAAUGAACAGUUCUGGUCCCUUGCUGAUUGGUAACCAUCCUUCUUCCAAUGGAUUAGAUAGUGGGAGCUCUUCAACUCGGAUGUCCGGAGUGAUGCUUUCAGAGGUUCCACCAACUUCUGGGCCAUCAUAUUUGCCUAUUGAGACUGGGUUCCCAGCCAGUCAUCCAACUACUGCCAUUUCUGAGGUCCAACCUCGUGCUUCUGUGGCAACCGACCAUAUUAAAGCAGAUUUUACUGAGAUAGGCAUGCAUAAUUCUGGGCAAAAUACCAUCCUGCCCAACUUCACUGCAAUGCCAGGAAUUGUGCCUGGAGGCUCUGCCGGAGUUCCUAAUAUGAAUAUUGCAGGGCCUGAGAAUGAUAAUACAGAGUUUAUUGAUGCAAUGUCAUCUGUGUUGGAUGCGCCAGUGGCUGUAGAAACUGAAGCUUUCUCUCCCAACCCUAAGCUUCCUGGCAUUAAUGAUGUGUUCUGGGAACAGUUUCUUACAGCAAGCCCGAUUAAUGGGGAGACAGAAGAUGAAAUUAAUUCAAGCUCUCCAGAAAGCAGCAUGAGCAAGGAGCAUGAUCUGCAAUCAUGGCAGGACGAUGGAUGGGACAAUAUUCAACAUAUGAAUCAUCUUGCUGAACAAAUGGGACUUCUUACACCAGAAACCUCAAGGGGGUGA